ACAACCACAUCAUUUUUAUCAUCUAAUUUCAAGUUUCAUGUAGCUCGUGUUUUCUCAAACAAAACCAAUAGAGUAUUCUCGAACGCUUUGUCCAUUAAUUAAUAUAUUGCUUGUUCUCUCUCAAAAACAAAGGUUUCCUAUGGCUGAAAAAAGCAACUCAACUUCAUCAAUGGCCACACAAAUUUGCAACCAAAUAGCCACAAUUUUCACAAAGCCCACCACCACCCCUCCACCCUUAGACCUCUUAGUGGACCAUAUAAAGACCACCUCGGCCCAAAACGGCCACAUCUUCGUCUAUGGAGUGGGCCGUGAAGGUCUAAUGGUUAAGGCCCUAUGCAUGAGGUUAGCCCAUUUGGGCCUCUCAGCCCACUGUGUAUUCGACAUGACUACUCCCCCUAUUGGACCCACUGACCUCCUUAUUGCCUCUGCUGGGCCUGGAGGAUUCUCCACCGUUGAUGCAAUCUGUGGGGUAGCUAAAUCCAACGGUGCUAAAGUGUUGCUUCUUACAGCUCAGCCUGAGAAAGGAUCCUCUGUGGAGUAUGCCACUGUUGUUGCUCACGUGCCUGCUCAAACAAUGGCUGAUGAUCAUCAAGGUGUACACGUGGAGGAAUCUAGGCCGUUGCUUCCUAUGGGAAGUCUUUAUGAAGGUGCUUUGUUUGUGUUGUUUGAAAUGGUUGUGUUUAGGCUUGGUUUUGAAUUAGGGCAGACCCCUGAAGCUGUUAGGUCUAGGCACACUAAUUUAGAAUGAAAGUUUUUUCGUUUUUACUAUGUGUGACAAGUUUGUAAACAAUUUCAAUGGUCUUAGCUUGUUUUUUAAAAGAGUUUGUUUAGAGGUGAUAAUGGACCGGGUUUUAUUAAACAAGUGCUUAGAUUUGCAUAUUUUAUGGAUUGGUCCAAUAAAACUGGUGUAAGGCUAACAUAGCCCAAAAUGCAACAUAAGAUCGAUUUCUAGCUCAAACACAAUCAAAAUUAGUUAAGACGGUUAAGACUAUACAUAUUUUUCCUAAUUAAUUAGAGUUUGAAGCUAUACAUAUUUUUCCUACUAUAGUGAUAUGAGCCGGCACUUCAGCCUUCUUCCCUGUCUUCAUACGGUCAUACCCUAGUGGCACAAAUUAUUAGCUUACAUUUCCGUUAACCAAAAAAAAAAAUGGAUUAAUAUAUAUUACGGAGUAUUAAACUUAUAUUUGUAUCUUAAAAAAUACGAAGUACAGAUUACUGUUUUUAUAUUUAGCUAUUGUGGUUGGUUCUAGGGCUGGAUAUAUAAAAUUCUACUUCCUCCGUUUUCUUUUACUUGCAACACUUCCUUAAAAAGGAAAUGUCAUAAUACUUGUAACACACUAUAAAAGGAAAGUUACUUUAGGGAAAAACUAUACUAUUUCUUUUAUUUAAAGCACAUGAUCCACUAAAUUACACUUCUAACAACCACUCAUCCUAUUUUAAAGUUUAUUAUAUCAUGUAAACCCCACUAUUCUUAAUUACCGCACUAAAGGGUGUGUUGCAUCUAAAAGAAAAUGAAAGAAGUAUUAAAUACUUGUUUUUUUUUUUUUUUGAAAACUUAAAUACUUGAUGUUUUGGUAUCAAAAGUGCAGAUAUUUUUAGUAAGUUCCAAACCUAUCAAGGCAUGCAUCAAUCAAUUCAUUAGAGUUGAUGUAAUGGAUUUGAUAGUUGGCAAUAUCGUGCAAACCCACAAAGGUGUCAAACUCAAAAAUUCAACACUAACAAAGACGCCAAUUAUUGGAUGGAGAUAAAGGGAUAAGGGAAGACUAAAGGACUAAAGGGUAUGGGUUGUAUAAAUCUAUAAAUUAUUCUAACUUACUCAUAUAACUCAUUGACAAAUAAAUAAAACCCGUAACCCAUUUAGAGACAACAAUAAAGUUGUUUCAUUUUUUAUCUACUUUCUAUAAAUUGCUUUUAUUAUUACAAUAGUUUCUCAUU